AAAAAACGAAAACAUAAUGGAUAUUAGAUGGAGGUCCUGAUCAAGUUCGUUUGCUAAACUAUCUAUUGUCUGUUAAUCAAUACAAACCAAUUACACGACCUGUUCAAAAUAAUUCUGACACAUUACCUGUUACUAUAAAUUUGGCUUUACAAAAUAUCAUUGAUUUUGAUGGAAAGAACGAAGCUAUUGUCAUUAGUGGUUGGAUGACUAUCAUGUGGAAUGAUUAUAGUUUAAGAUGGAAACCAGAAGAGUUUGCUAAUAUUCAAACAAUACGAAUACCAAGUACACAAAUUUGGAUACCAGAUAUUUUUCUCUACAAUAGUAUCGAUGACAAAUUUGAUACUAGAGCAAAAGUCAAUGCCGUUGUACAAUAUGAUGGCAAUAUAUUAUAUGUGCCACCAAUAUUAUUUAAAUCAAUUUGUCCAUUUGAUAUUGCCUUGUUUCCAUUUGUAAGAGUCAAUUUAACGGCAGCAAGUAGUCAAGGUCAAUUAGAUGCCUAUGUCAAAAAUGCCGAAUGGGAUUUAGAAGAUUUCUUUGCAACGAAUAAUGGUACUAAAUACGACUGUUGUCCAAAUGUGUAUUCACACGUACUAUACACUAUUCGAAUACGUCGACGUUCUCUUUAUUAUUUAACAAGUAUCGUCGUGCCUUGUUUUCUUAUCAGUUGUAUGACAGUAGUUGGAUUUUUAUUAUCACCAGAUAGUGGUGAAAAAUUAACUUUGCAGAUUACAACUCUUCUAAGUGUUAUUAUGUUCAGUUUACUUCUAUCGGAAAUUUUGCCACCAAGUUCAACUGCUAUACCGAUUAUUACUAUUUAUUUCAUGUGUAUUAUGAUUAUGUCAGCAGUUUCAGUUGUUGCAUCAGUAUUAAUAUUAUCACUUUAUAAUCGAAAUUCUAAUAAUUAUAGAAUGCCAUUAUGGGUUCGUAAAUAUAUUUGUAACUAUUUGGCAUGGUUAUUACUUAUGGAACGUCCUAAUCAUGAUUUAAGUUGGCGUACAAUUCGUCGUCGAUGGACUUCUUCAAAACAAAAAUCGAUCAAUAAUCAUCAUUCUAAAAUUCCUUCUGAAUCAUUAUUGAAUAAUAAAUUCGAAUUAUUAUCAACUAAUGGUAUUAAUGUUGACAAAGAAUCUUUAGAAUUCGUUGCACCUUCAGCAAUGGAAAUUCAUAGUUCUCGUCAUUAUCAAAAUACAUCUAAUGAAUUGCAAACAGGUGAUAUGGAAAUGAUUCGUUCUGAACUACGUAUUAUUACUUCUCAACUUGCUAUUCUUAGUGAUUAUUCACGACAAAAAGAGAAAGAUGAUAAUGAAUCUCGAGAUUGGCAAUUUGCAGCAAUGGUCAUCGAUCGUCUUUGCCUAAUAGUUUUUGCUUUAAUUAUGCUUCUUUUUACUGCAUUUACUUUUUUCAGCGUUUAA